GUCGGAGUGCCUCUUUUCAUUGCCCUCAAACUCACUUUCCCGGAGCCGGUGACAGCACAGAACAUAGUCAAGCUGCGCAACCUUGUGAGGGCGGGUCCCGAUGUGUAUCCUGGCGCCAAAUUGGUGCAGAUGCCCAAUGGGUCGAAGCACAUAAUUCCAUCGGGCAACUCUGAAAUCGCAUUAGCACGUCGACUCGCCAUCUCCAAUCGUCUCGCUGUGCCCCAACCCGAACUACACAGUGGAACGCCCAUGAUUGUGCAUCGUCACAUGGAGGAUGGUGAUUUUCUGGUAAUGAAUCGUCAGCCUACCCUGCAUAAGCCAUCCAUCCAGGCCCACAGGGUGCGCACUAUUCGUGCUCUUGGCGCCAAGACUCUGCGUCUGCACUACGCUAUCUGCAAGGCCUACAAUGCUGACUUCGACGGUGACGAAAUGAACGGGCAUUUUCCCCAAACUUAUCAGGCCAAAGCCGAAAUUGCACAUUUGGCCGCCGUGCCCUAUCAGUACCUGGCGCCGAAAGAUGGCUCCCCAUUGGGCGGUCUCAUCCAGGACCACGUCAUUGCCGCAGUGAAGUUGACUAUUCGUGAUCGUUUCUUCAACGAGGACGAGUACCUUGAUCUUGUCUACAGCGGUCUCUACGCUUCCGUCGCUGAGGACAGUUGUGUUCCCGAUGCCAUUCUCAUACCUCCAGCUAUUCUCAAGCCCAGUCGUCUGUGGACCGGAAAACAGGUGGUGUCCACCUUGCUUAUGAAUAUCGUGCCCGCGGGGCUGCCGCAACUCAACGCCUACCUGGCGGGAAGGCGUACAAAAGUGGAGCUGUGGGCAGGUGCACCGUUUGCUGUCGCUCGCAUCCUCUCCGACGUUGACCUCGUGAUCGUGGGUGGCUAUUUCGCCUCUGGUCUCCUUGACAAGGCGCACAUCGGUUCGGCUUCGGGGGGUAUGGUGCACUGUUUCUACGAGGCCUACGGUCCUUACGCCGCCUCUCAACUCCUCUCCGGUAUCUCCCGCGUGGCUGAUCGUUUUCUCAAAAUCACAAGCUUCUCCAUGUCUCUCGCCGACAUCAUGCUCAGCGACAAAGCCGACAGGGAUAGGCGCAGACGUUUUAGGGUUGGCUUCAUUUCUUCGCAUGCUUGUGUACCCAAUUUGGGUAGCGAAAAUGGUUCUGAGUUGCGUCACAAGUUUUGCACCCAGUUCUGUUGCCUGCGCUUUGAAAAGGGAAUGCAAACUCUCGGUUUGUGUGCCUUCGCUGACGCCUUUGGCCUGACUGCGGACACGCUGACAGAAGAGAACGUGAAACACCUCUAUAGGCUGGCUCACUUCGCACCAAAGACGGACGAGGUGUUUGGCGACAAAAUGGCUGCUCUCGACCGUGCUGUAAAGGACAGAAUUAAGCACUCCCAGGAUGCUGUCUGCGACGCCGUUAUUCCAUCGGGCCUCUACGUUCCCUUCCCAGCCAACUCAUUGCAACUGAUGGUUCAUGUCGGCGCUAAAGGUGGCAUGGUCAACGCGCAGCAGAUGUCGGUGGCCCUGGGUCAGAUAGAGUUGGAGGGUCGACGUGUUCCCCUCAUGCUGAGCGGUCGCUCCCUGCCUUCCUUUCAACCCUACGAUGUGCGUCCACGCGCUGGUGGCAUGUGUACUCACCGCUUCCUCACCUCAAUGCCACCGCAAGAGCUCUUCUUUCACUCCAUGGCUGGUCGCGACGGUCUAGUUGACACAGCGUGCAAGACUUCACGGUCCGGCUACCUUCAACGCUCCCUCAUCAAACAUCUCGAAGACCUCUCCGUACACUACGAUGGAACCGUUCGCGACUCCGGUGGUUCGGUGAUCCAAUUUCGUUACGGUGAUGACGGUCUCGAUGUCUGCCAAUCGACUUUCUUGAAGCCGGAGGGUUUCCAUUUUUUCGCAGAGAAUGCGGAACUGCUGGCGAGACGUUGGCGUUGUCCCUUAGAUCCCGAACUUUACCGCAAACUCACUGAGCAAAAUCCUCUCCCUCCAGAACUGGCAAGCAAGGUGGACGAGGUAGCCGUCAGACGACUAACUGUGAGUGUUGAACCAAAUUUUUAUUUUGAAUCUCUUAAAAUAAUUACAGUUUUUAAGGUUCCACCCGGGGAGCCGGUGGGCCUAUUAGCAGCUCAAUCGUUAGGUGAGCCCUCCACUCAGAUGACAUUGAAUACUUUCCACUUCGCUGGUCGUGGUGAAAUGAACGUUACUUUGGGCAUUCCCCGUCUCCGAGAGGUGCUUAUGGCCGGGUCUGCUGUUAUUGCCACACCCUGCAUGGAAGUGCCCAUUCUGCCCACUUCUGAAGCUAAAUCCAGAGCUGAGCAUAUUGCUCGUGAGAUGUACAGGCUGCGCCUUGCUGAGGUUAUUAAAUUACCUCUCAGCGUGGAAGUUGAUUACUCCUCCGACUCCUGUUCGCUUACUUUUAAUCUCCUGUCUCCUUCGGCAUACCGGUCGCGCACAAACGUUGGCACCCGUCGCAUUAUGCACUUUCUGGAGCGCGUCCUCUUCGUCGACCUAAGCAAGCGUCUUACACAAGAGUUAAAAGAUCAGGGCAAAUCAAGGGAUGAGGUUAAUACCUCAUCAACUUUCCUUUACUGCUAG